AUGGCUUCAACCACCCUUAAAGUAGCUCGUUGGUUUGCUCUCGGUUUUGGAAUAUCAUAUGGAUAUGUUCAUCGACGUUCCCUAGAGAAAAACGAAGAAAUUCAAAAAGCCUGGGCUGCUUACAAACAUAAAGAGGAACUUAUUCAAAAGGCAAAGGCUGCUUACGCUGCGAAGCAGACGUCGCCGAGUCCCUUGGGCGUCAUAUCGAAUCCGGAAGACCCCAACUUUGAUCUCGAUAAAUACGUUGCUGCUUAUGAAGCCAAGCAAGGACACUAA